CAGGUUCACAUUUAUAAAAGGGAAAUAAGAAACACAGACAAUGGCUCCAACCUUGGCUACGGCGCAUCGGCGCCGAUGGUGGAUGGCGUGCACGGCUGUGGUAGAGAACCUUUUCUUUUCUGCAGUGCUUCUAGGCUGGGGCUCCCUUCUUAUCAUGCUGAAAUCAGAAGGGUUCUAUUCUUAUUUGUGUCACUAUCCAGGUAAGAUGGAUGCUGAGAUUCUUCAUUCAUUUAUUAUUCUAAAAUUAUAGCAAUUCAUAUGCAUACUACAGAUUUCACUCAACGUAAAGCAAUUUAAAUGUGUAGUAUGAUCUGUAAACAAAAUAAUAAUGAGGUAUGUGAACACCCUCAGGAGUAAUAUUUUUUUUACAUAUGACAAAUAUCCUGUUCCAUAAUACUAAAAAAUACUAGUGUACCCUGAAACCUUUUUGGCAGAGAUAUAAUGUGGCAUGAUAGGUAUGCUGUGCUUGGAAUUUUACACCCAUUGACAUCACAUAUAGUAAUCAAGAUGCCUGAGUACAAAUGUGUGGAUCUAGAGAUAAGGACUUAUGUUGUAAACUGCGUCGUCCCACAAUGUGCAUCAUACAGUAACACAGUAUAAUGCACUGUCAGGUGGCUUGGUGAAUGGUAAACUACCCAUUGUGAGCAAAUACAUCACAGAGUUGGCAUACUGAAAAUAGAAUAAAACUUUAAAAUAAAGUUUUAAAAUAGAUACUUUUAUAUCAACGCGUUGGCGAGUCGAAAACUAGAUAUAUAGUGACAAAGGACAAUUUCCAGAGAAGAAUAAAAACUAAAAAAGGUAUCACUCUUAUACUGUGGACUAUACUAAAUUCUGCAGAGAAAAGGUAACUCAGUACUAUUGUCUCUUGAAUAUUCAUUGUGGAUCUAUUUUUGGGUUGUCGGAAAAAUAAAUAAAUCACUGAGCUGUUUAAUAUAACUGCUUAAGGGGUUUAUGGUAAAUACGCUGUUAUUAGUCAAAGUCACACACUGCACAGUAGUAACAGGAUUCUGGACUACCAUGUGUUUGCUUCAAAGGAUAUAUGUUAUAUAUAUAUAUAUAUAUAUAUAUAUAUAUACAGGGCUCAAAAUUUCCACUUCCCACUAGCCAUUGGCGAAUGAAAAUUUUGCCUUGGUGAGGAGAAAUUCACCCCUGGUCCCUCCAGGCUUGCAGUGGUAAGUAAAAGGCCUGGCUAGUAGAGUGGACUUGACAUUUUAAGCCCUGUAUAUAUAUGACUUUUCAGAGAAUGGCGUGUUGCUCUACUUACUUGUGUCUACUUUGCAAUCACCACCUCUGUAAAUGCUUGGUACAUGCAUCAUACUUUAAGCACUGCCCUACCUGCAGUAGUAUUCUUUCAUUCUACAACUUUCAGAAGGCAUGUACAAGCUCCAGGCCUUGGUACCUUAGAGUUACUAAUGUAUCCUCAAAGGUUACAAUGUACCAACAGAGUGCCCAUCUAUUUGCCAGUCAUAGACAAAACAAUGAGUUCUACUAAAUCCCUCCCCCACCUUGCGGAUAUAUUUAGAGAUAGAGAUAGGUACGUCUCCUGUCUACAGUCAUUACAGAUCAUAGACAUUUAUGUAUCAGUAAAAGCUUGUCUAAUCUUGUGAUAGGAUUUAUAGAGCAGGAUAUGUCUGUGCUGAUGCCUUUGAAAAAUCUCUAGGAAAACUUUACCACAAAUGUAUUUAGAUGUAUUAAUAAUUGAAGCUAAAUUUUUGUUUGCUACCUUUGAAUGACCUUUAAUUGGAGGUAUUUCAGUGAAGUCAGGUUCUCUUUUUUUAGGCCCCUGCCCUCAUUUGUGUUUUGUCCACUAAUGUAUUUCUAGAGGACUAUACCAGGGACAGUAUUAAAGUGGAUUUAUUUUCCCUAUAAAUACACUUUAUUAUAGCUUGCCAUUAUGAAUUCUAGAUCAAUAAAACUUUACAGAAGUGUUAUUAUUAUGACUAAUACAAUGUACUAUACCAUCUCCCCUGCUUUAUAUUAAAAAGCUGCUGUAGGUUUAUGCUAUUACAACGACCAUGCCGACUGAGACACCAGCAUCGAUGGCAUCAAAUCUGUAAAGUUGCUUUGUAGCUUGGGGAACAUUUUUAAGCCAACUCUCUUCUAAAUUGGCAGCCUACCUUGCAUGGCAAUUCUAUUCUCUGUCAGUAUGUGCAAGAAGAACGAAGACUGGAGGUGUGCAAAUGGCAAGCAUAUGUCCAGGAUUUGUGGUAUGCCCCUAUUUGUGUACUCACCAUGUGUUGCCCUGUGACAUUACAGCAAACUGCACAUUGCAUUUGCUUUGGACAUUGAAUGUCUGCUUGCAGAUACAUUCAAAAUAUUAGUAAGUCACCCUCACAAGAAUGUACCUAGUCACCUGAGAUUUUCAUUCUCUUUUUGUAUUAGGUUCAGAGAGUGGAUGUUUACCAAAUAAGAAUUUGUUAAUCGUCAUCAUCUUUAUUUAGCUGUGAGGGACCUAGCACACAACACUUAAAGAGUUACUAAAGUGGUUUGUGUAUGUGGACAUACAUUGGGUGUGAAAUAACUCUCAGGAGGAGUGGGAGUCACCCUUUUUCCACUGAAAUUAGUGCUGAAAAUACACAUUUUCUGAAAAAGUUUGACAUCGGCUUGAAUUUGUUAUCUAUCCACAACUUACUGCCAGUCACACGAGAGUGAAUGAGCAAGUAGCUCACGUGCUUAUUGAAUACCUGUCUAUGCCAUUUUCUUAGCAUGUAAAAAUAUACAAAGCCUAUAUCCCCCUUAGUCUUGUAAUGUAAAACAUUGCAGUUUUUGAAAAAAAAUAUAUUUUACAGGACACAGACUGCCUCCAGUGGCUAUCUACCAGAUGGCCACUAGAUCCGCUUCCUGGGAUUCUAAGAGACUCUGAGUCCCUUAAACGACACUGGACGUCCUCACGCUCUGCAUGAGGAUAUCAAGCAUCAGUCAUAUCCAGCUCGUGGUGCAUGCACAUUAGGUCCCCCUGUAGGAUGAUUUCGGAAGAGGCAAAGCGCAGUCCCAGCACAUCGGCGCUGGAAUCAGGUUUUUAACCAUUUAUCUGCCUGGCGCCGGGGGUGGGGGGACGAGUAAGGUGGGACCAGAGGGCACUAUAGUGUUAGGAAUACAGAUUUGUCUUCCUAACACUAUAGAAUCCAUUUAAACUAGUACCAUGCCCAUCCGUUUCCCAGUGCUCUUAAAGAGACUCAAAAUGGUCACAGACAGCUGGUCUUUUAUCACAUUGUCUAGCCUUUUAUUUAAACAGGAGGACAUCUGAUAGAACAGCAAAGUAAAUGAACAAAUGGACAAAACAAACUGGACCUAAAGAGAAACAUUAGUUUGUGUGUGUUUUCUUUUUUUCACAAUUAGGUGGUGCAAUUAGUGGCUUUCCAUAUUGGUCUGCAAAUAUCUGUCACUCGAUUACAUUAGAUAAAUAGUGAAACAAGAAUUAUUUGAAUUAUACAGCUUAAAAUUACAAUGAUUUAUAUUGCGCCAACAUAUUCCACAGCGCUGUACAAUAGGUAAACAAGCCAAAAAUGUAGUCCUAAGAAAACAUGUAUGACAUAGAGGAACAGUAGGUAAUGAUGGCAACAUUCAAAUAGUAAUGGUGCACUUUAAAACCAUCUUAUUUUUCCUAUCAACCUUGUGCUCCCCGUUAGCGUAUAUUACAUGUAAUAUGUAACUGUAAUCUCCCCAUAUUACACACUCUGGGCCAUAAUGAAUUAAUAUAGUAUCAGUGGAGCUGGAAUAGUGCCUGGAAUACCACUUUGGAAGAGAUCAAAAGAAAACCUUAUAUGCUCUAUAAACCUUUCUUACUAUAACCCCUUUGCCACACCUCAAUUAUUUUAAUUAGCACUUGACUUUACCACAGGGACAAAGGGCGAGAUAAUUUUUCUUGGUUUAGCAAUCUGGUAACCAAUUCAGGAAUUGCUUUAGUCAUAAUUUGCUGUAAAAGCUGCUGGCAGAGGCAAGAAAUAAAGUAGAUGUAGCAUAAAAUAUACGAUAUGAAAGAAGGACUCUGAUCACAUCUGCAGUGUGCGCCUGCUAUCUUUAAUCUGUCCAGAAUCAGCAUCUCAGCACUCCAGGAGCUGCCCUUUGGACUGUUAAGUAAAUCUCAGCUGUCUGUCCCUGCAGCUUCCAGGAGUGCUGAACCUUCCUCUGAACUUUGAUAAGGUACAUCCAGCCCGGUCUAAAUCAGUCUCACUCGAAGAAUCCGCUCAGGAUAUUUGCUUGGCCUCUCUGUGUACCAUUAAUGAAUCAUAGGGCUGCUAGUUUUUCAUGCCACAUUUAGCUAUAUGGUAUCCGCUAUGGCGAAUGCACACAUUUUAAGAUAAGAAAAGGGGACAUUAUUAGUUGGUAAAUGGACGGAAACAUUACAGAUACAAUUGAUAGAAAAUAAAUGUGCAUCAAAACAUUUUUUUUCCAUCAUCUAUUUGUCUAAAAUAUUUAUAGCAAGUGACAAAAAUAAAUAAAUAUACACUGCUCAAAAAAAAAUAAAGGGAACACAAAAAUAGCACAUCCUAGAUCUGAAUGAAUUAAAUAUUCUUCUGAAAUACUUUGUUCUUUACAUAGUUGAAUGUGCUGAUAACAUAAUCACACAAAAAUAAAAAAAUGGAAAUCAAAUUUUUCAACCCAUGGAGGUGUGGAUUUGGAGUCACACUCAAAAUUAAAGUGGAAAAACACACUACAGUCUGAUCCAACUUUGAUGUAAUGUCCUUAAAACAAGUCAAAAUGAGGCUCAGUAGUGUGUGUGGCCUCCACGUGCCUGUAUGACCUCCCUACAAUGCCCGUGCAUGCUCCUGAUGAGGUGGCGGAUGGUCUCCUGAGGGAUCUCCUCCCAGACCUGGACUAAAGCAUCUGCCAACUCCUGGACAGUCUGUGGUGCAACAUGACAUUGGUGGAUGGAGCGAGACAUGAUGUCUUGGAUGUGCUCAAUUGGAUUCAGGUCUUGGGAACGGGCGGGCCAGUCCAUAGCAUCAAUGCCUUCGUCUUGCAGGAACUGCUGACACACUCCAGCCACAUGAGGUCUAGCAUUGUCUUGCAUUAGAAGGAACCCAGGACCAUCCGCACCAGCAUAUGGUCUCACAAGGGGUCUGAGGAUCUCAUAUCAGUACCUAAUGGCAGUCAGGCUACCUCUGGCAAGCACAUGGAGGGCUGUGCACCCCCCCUUCCCGAAGAAAUGGCACCCCACACCAUUACUGACCCACUGCCAAACCGGUCAUGCUGGAGGAUGUUGCAGGCAGCAGAACGUUCUCCACGGCGUCUCCAGACUCUGUCACGUCUGUCACAUGUGCUCAGUGUGAACCUGCUUUCAUCUGUGAAGAGCACAGGGCACGAGUGGUGAAUUUGCCAAUCUUGGUGUUCUCUGGCAAAUGCCAAACGUCCUGCAUGGUGUUGGGCCCUCAUGGAGUCUGUUUCUGACCAUUUGAGCAGACACAUGUACAUUUGUGGCCUGCUGGAGGUCAUUUUGCAGGGCUCUGGCAGUGCUCCUCCUGUUCCUCCUUACACAAAGGCGGAGGUAGCGGUCCUGCUGCUGGGUUGUGUUCCUCCUACAGCCUCCUCCACGUCUCCUGAUGUACUGGCCUGUCUCCUGGUAGUGCCUCCAUGCUCUACGCUGACAGACACAGCAAACCUUCUUGCCACAGCUCGCAUUGAUGUGCCAUCCUGGAUGAGCUGCACUACCUGAGCCACUUGUGUGGGUUGUAGAGUCCGUCUCAUGCUACCACUAGAGUGAAAGCACCGCCAGCAUUCAAAAGUGACCAAAACAUCAGCCAGGAAGCAUAGGAACUGAGAAGUGGUCUGUGGUCACCACCUGCAGAACCACUCCUUUAUUGGGGGUGUCUUGCUAAUUGCCUAUCAUUUUUCACCUGUUGUCUAUCCCAUUUGCACAACAGCAUGUGAAAUUGAUUGUCACUCAGUGUUGCUUCCUAAGUGGACAGUUUGAUUUCACAGAAGUGUGAUUGACAUGGAGUUACAAUGUGUUGUUUAAGUGUUCCCUUUAUUUUUUUGAGCAGUGUACACACUGAUCAGCCACAACAUUAAAACCACUGACCAGUGAUGUGAAUAACAUUGAUUAUAUCGUUAGAAUGGCACCUAGGGUGGGAUAUAUUAGGCAGCUAGUGAACAUUCAGCAGGAACAAUGGGCAAGCAAAAAGUCUGAGAGACUUUGACAAGGGCCAAAUAGUGAUGGCUAGACGAUUCGGUCAGAUCAUCUCCAAACCAACAAGUCUUGUGGGGUGUUCCUGGUAUGCGGUGAUUAGUACAUACCAAAAGUGGUGCAAAGAAGGACAAAUUGUGAACCGGCGUCAGGGCUAUGAAAGCUCAUGAUGCACGUGGGGAGCGAAGGCUAGCAUGUCUGGUCCAAUCACACAGCUACUGUAGCUCAAAUUGCAAAAAAAAAACCUUAAUGCUGGACACGAUAGGUGACUUGCGCACUAUCCGAAAUCCCUAUCCACAUUUAGAUAACUGGAGGUUUUUAGUGUCACUGCAGUAGCGAUUCAAGUAUAAGCUUACCUCCACGUCAAGGCAAAAAGUGAGUCGUACCCCAACAAUUCACCUUACUUCUUUGAACCAAAAGGUAAAAUCAUUGUUUAAGUAUAUGUUUACUAGGCAUGCCACAUUCUUUAGUACAACAAUAAAGUUUAUUGAAUUAAGACCAAACAACAUUUUCUUCCAGGUUUCCCUCUGCUAGUUAGCUCAAUGUUAAAAACCAUAAAGAAAAAAAAAAAAGCUCUAAAGUUCUAAAACCAUAUAAUUCUUUAUUUAUUAAACACUGACAUCCUGUUGUGAGAAGCCUCCAAAUGAACACUAGCUAAAGAGCGGGAGGGGGCAGACUGACACUGCACACACCUCACCAGUAAAGCAUCCUGUUUCUGGGUCUGAAUGCAGGAAAUAUAAAUGUUUUUAACAAUACCAGAUGACCUUAUGGGGAGACACCAGAGUGACACCCUUAGUGAACAAAAAACGGUGACACCACACAUGUCACACAUAUCAAAAGCAGACAUAAUAGCACCAGAGUACAUACUGUUUAUAUACUCAAACCAGCUCUUUUCAUUUCUGUAAUGUCAGUAAAAGUGCAGGUUCAGGACUAAUAUCGGGAGCUGACAUCGGCCGGGGAGGAGAGGUCAGCAGCGCCGAGGGAGCCCGGUGAUGGAUAAAGGUAAGUAACUGAAGGGGGUUUAACCCCUUCAGCGCCAAGGGAGGUGGGCCCUGAGGGUGGGUCCUAGGGAUGAUCUUUUAAUUUGUAAUCCUGAUUUCUAGGCUUAUCUGAAAGUAAUCAAACAAUCAAAUUGCCAUUUGGUAAUUAAAUACAAUUAAUCACCUAUUAGUUCAGGAUUGAGUGGAUGAAUCCACAAAAAGAUAACAUUUCUUGUUUUUUAAGGCUUUUUUUACCUUUAUCUAAUGGGCUCCCUGGUGGUUUAGUUGCUGUCACCACCUCCUAUAGUAAGCACCAAAAUAAUCCAUUUACCCUUUCCAUUACCAGGUUUAAUCUAUGUAAUCUGUUGACUAUGCUUUCUCUGUAUUGAAACUCAAGUAAUGAUGAUUGUGUUAUAACAUCAAGGAAGGCUAGCUUGAAUAAAUACCUUUCUGUACUCCAGCGCAUUAUCUACCAAAAAAGUGUUGGAGUAUAAACAACACUAUCAAAGACAAACAUGUACAGUAUGGUUUAAACAAACAAUAAUAACAAAUAUAAGCGUGGACUGAGUCUCUUAUAGAAUGCAAAGAAAGUCAUUUAUAAAAAUAGUUCAUCCCAGUUAAUAGCCAUGUGAAAUUAAAUGUGCCGCCAUUUUUAUUUAAUGAAUAAGUAAUAGAUAAUUUUUUGACAAAUCGUAGGGAACCAUGUGCUAACAAUCCUACUGUUAAUAAGUUUUUUUUAUGCAACUCUAUAAAUGUUCUCCUAAAAAAGGCUCUUGGCUAAUUUUACAUAUAUUGGUCAUAGGUUGAGGUAAAAGCUAAACAAUGUCUCUUCACAACAGACAGACUCAUUGAAUAGCUUGCAUACUUGUCCUCUCGGUCACCAGGUGUUAACAGUUUAGGAAUGCUUACUAAUCUUAGGUGCUGCUUAGAUUUAUUUUUUUGUUUAUUGAAAGUUAAGAGUUUCUAUGUAAACUGGUUUUAGAACCAGGGUUUCAUUGUUAGUGUGCCUUAGUAUCCGAGCUGGCCUUCUCACUUACUCUACAAAAUUUAGGAAUGACACCCCACAGUGCCUGGCUAUCGUUAUGGAUUAUCAUUUAGUGUUAAAAAAAGGAAAUUGCAUAAAUAUUUUUUAUUUGUUGCAAAAGCCACUUAUGACAAAAAUAUUAACGCUUUGACGGACAUAUUCAUUUUAACAGUGUGUGAGUGAAUGUGACUGUUUAGGUCAUGGCGUUUUCUACAAAUAAAAAUAACUGUAAAUUUCUCUUUUAAUAUUAAAGUAAUUUAUAAUGUCAGAAAGAUAUUAUCACAGACCUAUUCAGGCAUUGUCUCCCUGACACAUUAAUCCAUAAUACAGGAGUACAGGUUCGUCAGUCUAGUCUCCUUGGCAGUUCUCAGUUUAACCCGUCAGUCAGGCCCUGGUAAAACAUUUUACCACCACUGCUCACUAUCUAAGACAGACAGUGCCUGAUAUGAUUUGAAUUACUGCAUUUUAAUUUAAUUUAACUUUUAUACUAUAUUUGAGGUGCCCGGCCCCUUGCUCAGCUUCCUGAAACUCAUUUGCAGAACCUGGAGAGAACGGUUUAACCCCUCCAGGUAAGAAAACACCUGGGACCUCCUGUCACAAAAACAAUUUCAUUAAUGGUGCCCAGAGUGUUCCUUUAAUAUGACUUGUGCUGAAAUGAUACACAUCUAGCUUUUUAACUGGGAUGUAUGUCUAUGGGUUCCUGUAUUAACAAAUAGCAGCAGAAGCCUGUUUACAUAUGUUUACCAUUGAACUGUGAUGGGAUUCCCACAUGGUCAAAAUUUUGUAGGCCAAAUUCUCCACAUGGCAUAUGCUAAUUAGUAUCUGAUUACAAACAGUUGGAUGAGUCAUCAGUAUACUAAGCAUGUGCAGGAAUGCAGGAACUGAAAUCACACUCCUUUCUCCUUUGUUUCGGAUGAGCCAUGUGGUCUGCCCAUAUAAGGUGAUCCUGAAUAUAGGAGGGGUUAUACUAUAUAGGAGGGGAUAUGCCGCUAACAAAAGGCCUCUGAACCAUGCUUUCUGCCUCUCAGAUAUUUUUGGAACAGGAAUUCAUCUGAGACCCGAUCGGUGUGUAAAUAAAAGACCUGUUACUUCCUGAAGACUUGUGCCCAUAUCUCUAUGUGUGGCUUCUGCGGUUUGUUCCUGUUAUUCCUCCGGUAACAGAACAUUUCUUCCUUAUUUCACAAUCUACAGUUUAACUGGAAACAAUGUCUUGAAAAGUCACCAGAAUCACAUUACCAUAUCAUUACAUAUAACGACCAGUGUCACGUGGUAUUGCCAGCUACACUAUAGUGAACACAUAUAAUAGGCAGUGAAGUAUAUCGUGAACCAGUGAUAGGACACUAAUAAGAACAAACACCCUUCAUCAACACAGUUUCAAAUAUUAAGGUUCUAUUUUUGAAAGGUACAUAUUCUUCACCGGAUAUGUGCACUCCUAGUAGGACAUAUGAAGACAUCUUUAAAACAGCUGAUUUCAGAUAUGAAUUGUACUUGAGAAACCAACUAUAUUUGGUUGAUGAAGUUACUUCUUGGUUAGUAAUGGCAAAGAAAUACUGUUGUAAAAUAAUCAUCCCUGCUUUACUAGACAAUCAGAGUAACGUGAUAUGUGGUCGCAGGUGAUGGCCUGCCUAUGGAGAGCAUGACUGAGAACGGUCCCUUUACUAUAUUGUCAGCUAUUUUUACAUUGGUUUUCAAAUGUGUACAUCUGAGUCUUCUGUUCUGUUUGUAAAGCACACGUAGGAAAUACUACACCUUCUAAAGAAGGAUUAGGUAUUGUAAUGUCAAGCCCUUUUAUAAUGGAAACAGUGGUCAAUCAAAGGUAUCUCAGUCCUACGCAGACUUUUGAGUCAUUUAACAGUAGUUGAGACUAUUACUCUGUACCAUAUAUUAUCAGACUGAUGUAAUAAACAUUUGGCAACAAGCCCAUGUAUCUUGAGGUUAAUACUUUUUUUUUCUGUGAAUAAAAACACAAUUACUCAAUUAGUCCACGCCACUUAAACAUUGAAUUCUGUUUUGUGACUCCAGCUUACUAGGAAAUUUGACUGUAAUAAAGAUUGUAAGUCACAGGUAGGAGGAGGGGGAAGAGACUGUUCAUUUUCUAUUGAAUGACCUUCCACUAAUGGCUCAGAGUUCAAACCUUUCUUUGUGUCGCUCUUUUUGUGUCUGUGUGUCUUUCUUUGUUAAUGAAUAGAUUUCCAGCGUAGAGAAGCACAAUUGUGUGCUAGUUACCUUCAUGGCAAAGUGAUAGGAUAAAGGAAAGUGCUAUUUUAAGUAGUAGAAUAUAUGCAAAAGACGCACCGAGCAUUUUACUGUAUGCAACCUAACUACACAGCACAGCAAACCUGUUCUCACUUUACAGAGAUAAACAGCCCAACUCAGCAAGUAUGAGGUCUCUAGAAAACCAAAACUCACACAAACAUUAGUAGAGUUUCUGAACUAGGGUGAUUUGGGAAAAUUUUGACACCAUCCAUAAAUAUAUGUCUAAAGGGCACGUUCGUAGACCCUCUUAUAUUUCAAUCAGGCAACGCCGAUAUUUAUUGAUAAUAAUAAUAAUUAAGCACUGUCUGUCUUAACCCACAAAAAUGGUAACAUUCCAAUAGGUACAUUUUGGGCUCAAACAAACCAAUACUAAACAAAUAACAGGGUUUUGGGAUUGAUGGUUACUUAAUCUGUAGCUCAUUUGACAUAACAAUGUUUGUAAAGUCCCACUGGUCAAUAUUAUACUGUGAAUAAGAGAAAUUCUCCACCACUAUGCAAAUCAGCAGAAACAGCUGAUUUUUGCAGUGCAAUUCACAGAAUAUGAGAUAAGAAAAAUGUCAAAUAUAAACUAGUUAAAAGGACACUAUAGUCACCCAGACCACUUCAGCUCAAUGAAUCACGUGAGGGGGACCCUGAGGGUGGGGGCACCCUCAGGGCACUAUAGUGUCAGGAAAACCACUUUGUUUUCCUGACACUUUAGUGAUCCUUUAAUAAACAUAUAUGACACUUAAAAAUAGAACCCUGUGCCUAGCGAUGAUUCUUUAUGAUACUGCAUGUUAACUAUGACUACAACUGUUAACUACUAGACUAAUAUACUUAACGUUAAACAAUUAAUCACUUUUGCUUAAUUAGACAUAAAUUAAAUAAUCACUUGAGUGAAGACCUUUUACGUUACUUAACCUCCUUUAAUUUUGCCUUUGUGCUGGGUUUUUUUCUGACCAAUUGUAAUACUUCUUUCUUAGUUAAUUCUUUUUGUUUUGUCCCCCCUUUUCCCUACAUAAUACCUGACCUCUCGCUGAUAAUUCUGCCUGUGCAAAGCUUUUCUUAGCAUAUCACUGUCAUCAUGACUGACUAGCUAUUAUAUAGGAUAAAUUACUAAUCCAAACUCAGUGACCCAAGGUUUACUCUAAGCCGAAGGGUUACAUGACAUUGGCUGACCUCUUCACUAAAGCACACUGCAAAGCUCAAAAGUGAGAUAUUGUCCAAGGCAAGGCAAACACAGUCUGAUGGAGAUUCAGCCAUUUUUAUCGCAUGGAACGAAAAAAGAAAAGGCUUAGCUUUGUGUCAGAUAAGAGUAUAUAUUUAUUUUCACUUUACGUUACACAUAUUUGUUUCACAAAACCGUUAUUACGUUGUUAAUAGAAACUGCUGGAAAUAAAACCUACAUACAUUCAUUGCUGUUCAGAGAGAAUUUUAUUGGGCCAAACUUAAAUCUUUGUCUUUUUACCAACUGAGCUGUGGUGAUGUAGACAGAGUAAUUUUUCAGGGCACUUCUUAAAUUACAAUUCGAUGUUAAGUUAAUAAUCCCACUAAAGUUUAAUGGAAAAUUCUGCUGUGAAAAUGGUGGUAUUUUGGAUGAUCCAUUAUUUAAAAUGUAAACCACCGCACCAUUAAAAAGGCAACAAGUUAAUGUUUUGUUUUGUUUUCAUUACAUUUAUGGGCUGUAAAAGACUGUAUACAUUGGGGUUAAUGCCUUUCUUAAGCAAUGUUAUGCCUGGAAUGUACUCCCAUUGCUGCCAGGUAAAUAUAAACGCAGUAAAAUAUAUAACUGCCCCGAACCUUUACUCCCAGUGCAAGGCUAAUGACCAAUAACUGUGCAAAUGCACAAUAAGAAGGCAGCAUUCACCCGAGACAUUAAACCCCAGAAAAUGGAAUUACUCAAUAGAGCAUUUUGUUUCACUUUCCUUGUUAAUAUCUAUUACAUGCAAAAUUAAUUGUUUUCAUGUAUUUGAUAAAAAGGUAAGAGAAAUUGCUUCAAUUUCAAUAGCUUCCCAGUAUUUACAUGCGCAAGAGUAAGCAUUGUCCAGGCAAGGAACCGAGUAACCAAUCAAAAUGCUCAAAACUCAAAAUAUCAAAAGAGGCUCAAGGAAGGACAACCAGUGAACUGGUGUCAGGGUCACGAACCCCGAAUACAUUUUUGACACUUUUCAAAGUGCUGACUUUAUCCCAUACAUUUCUGUAUAGCAAAUUUCAUGGGUAGAUGGGGUUUCUGGAAGUUGGAAGUUAUCACCUUUUUACUUUAUUUACACCUUCUAUAAACCCUGCUUUUGCUUUUUCAUGACAUGAACAUCUGUGUUGUUGGAGAAACACUGCAGGUUAGGAGAGAGGGGCAGACAGGGAGUUGUGAUAUCAUGUGAUACCCAGGUAGAAUAACCCACAAGAAGUGUUUUGGAAUAGAGAGGUGGGGACAAAGGUUUUAGGAUUAACAUGCAGAAUGAUGCAAAUCAUUCAUUGUUUUAUACUUUGUAUAACCAUUUGAGCAUGCAAAAAAAUGCAGUUUAUUAUUUAGGCAAAAAAUAAUUGCAUUGAUUUCCUCUUUUCUUUGGAUGAGUGAGAAAGAAAGAAAAAAAAACGUAAAGUUCAUACCGCACAUUGUCAGCCCUUGGCUUCUUUCCUGGUUCAUCCACUAGGCAAUAUGUAUAUUUAAUGGUGUAAUUUUCAAGCUAUUGGCAGGCCAAAGUAUUGUCCAGCAUUGCAGGGGGCUUCCUACUUCAAGCCUGUUCAUUUCCAAACUAAAUAUGAUUAUUUUAAGCUAGCAGUUUCCAUGGUGCUGACCAUGGCUUAAUUUAGUCAUCAAUAAACUGCAAAAAAAUACGUUGAAAAAGCCAAAAGACUACAAGGUAUGCCGCUAAGUACACCUAAUAACAGUAGCGUGUAUUAAACUAUAAUUUAAAAGAUUUUUAAUUGUUUGUUCUCUACAGUUCCCAAUUAAAAAAAAAGGAAUAAUAAAUAUAUAGGUAUUCAGUAAUGCUGUCUAAGACUUAUAUCAAUAGUGGUAGUUUUUAAUUGACUUCAGCAGAAAUUACAAAAUGUAAGCACAUAUUUCAAUACUUGCCAUUGGUCACCUGCUGGGUUCUAGCCACACUGGCUGCUGCACUGAAGGUCAUAUAUAAUACACUGAGACACAAUUUUACAACACAUGACAGAAUGGACACACAUUGCUACUGCCACCCAGAAUAAUAUAUAUUACAAAAUUUUUAAACAUUUGAUCAACCACACCAUUAAAACCACAGACAGGUGAAGUGAAUAACAUUACUUAUAUUGUUACAAUGGCACCUGGGGUGGGAUAUAUUAGUCAGCAAGUGAAUAGUCAGUUCUUGAUUUGAAUGUGUUGGAAACAUGAACAAUGGGCAAGCGAGAAGGUCUGAGUGGCUUUGACAACGGCCAAAUAGGGAUGUUGGGUCAGAGCAUCUCCAAAACGGCAAGUCUUGUGGGGUAUUUCUGGUGAGCAGUUAUUAGUACUUAUCAAAAGAGAUGCAAGCAAGGACAACCGGUGAACUGGUAUUAGGCUCAUGAACACCAAGGCCCAUUGAUGCAUGUGGGGAGUGAAAUCUAGCUCUCUUGUCUGGUCCAAACACACAGAAGAGCUACUCCAGCUCAAAAUGCUAAAAAACUAUAAUGCUGGCCAUGAUAGACAGAUAUCAGAACACACAGUGUAUUGCCAUUUGUUGCAUAUGGGACUGUGUAGCCACAGACCGGUCAGAGUGCCUAUGAUGACCGCUGGCCACCGUUGAAAGCGCCUUCAAUGGGUACGUGAUUAUUAGAACUGGACCAUGGAGCAAUGGAAGAAAGUUUCCUUGUCUAAUGAAUCAUGUUUUUUUUUCCGAUCAGUACAAAAAGUGUUCAUGAAUGGUUUGAGGAAUAUGACAAGGUGUUGCCUUGGCCUCCAAAUUCCCCAUAUCUCAGUCCUAUUGAGUAUCUGUGGGAUGUGCUGGAACAAAAAAAUUGAACCAUGUAGGCUCCACCUCACAACUUGCAUCACUUAAAGGAUCUGUUGCUAAUGCCUUGGUGCCAGAUACCAUAGGACACAUUCAGAGGUCUUGUGCAGUCCAUGCCUCAACGUAUCUGAGCUGUUUUGGCAGCAUGAGGGGAGACCUACAUUAGGUAAAUUGUUUUAAUGUUAUGGCUGAUCAGUGUAUAAAUACAUUGCAUAUAAAAAGGGACCCAUGGGUAAUGAGUGAAACCUAUGUAUGUGGGAUAUUUCUGUAGUCAGGAGAUGUAACUGAACAUAAAUAGGGGUAUUACCACUAGGAUCACACAGACAUUGGUAAAUAUUUGUAUUAAAAUGCCAGGAUGAAAAGGGUACAAUGUACUAGUUUUCUUCACUGAGUCCAUAUGUCUAUAUGUGCACCACAAAUAAAGAAAUAAUACUAUUGGAACAGUGUGGACUUGGCAUUUUUUAUUUUGCCUCAUUCAGGGCAUGUACACAUAGUAUAUAUUAUUUUUGAAAGGACAGAUAGAGCUAAUGUGUGGUUGGUAUCUUGAUGAGAAAAGGGGAAAUUAUGGUUGAGAAAACACAAAGCAGACUUGUCCAGUGCAUUGCUUCCUGUACUUUGAGCAACUAUGGUUCUAAAAGGGAUAAAUUAAAGGACCAUUAUAGUGCCAGGAAAACAAACUCGUUUUCCUGCAUUAUAGUGCCCUGAGGGUGCCCCCACCCUCAGGUUCCCACUCCCGCCUGGCUGAAGGGGGAGGAAGGGGUUAAUCCCUUACCUUUUUUCCAGUGCCGGGCUCCCUCGGCGCUGGGACUCUCCUCCCUCUUCUGAUGUCAUCGGCUGAAUGCGCAUUCAGCCAGUCUCACAAGAAAGCAUUCUGAAUGCUUUUCUAUGGACGCUGGUGUCUUCUCACUGUGAAAAUCAAAGUGAGAAGCGCGGAAGCGGAAGCGCCUCUAGCGCCUGUCAAUGAGACAGCCACUAGAGGCUGGAUUAACCGAAACUGCUAUGUUUACAGCAGAAAGUGUUAAUCCUAGAUGGACCUGGCCUAUGGUGGUCCUUCAACAUUUUUAGUCACUAAAAUAGAAAUUUUCAGCAGUUGACUCUGAAAUUUCAUCCAAAAUAGACUACAAACAUGGCCGAGUGUUUGGAGUUGGAGUCUCUAAUUGGAUAAUUUGACCUGUUGAGUGAUUUUUAUUUUGUUUUUUUUUUGGGGGGGGGGGGGUUGCAAUAAGUUGCAACUUUUAUCUUGUGUGUGUGUGUUUUUUUAAUAUUCUUUUCCCCAUACAAUGCAUCCAUACUAUAAUAAUACAUUCAGCAGUAUAAUAAACAGAUCUUUUAUUUAUUGAUUUAUUUUGCUGAGGAGUUUCCUGUAGAUUUGAAUAAUAAGGCUAUUAGGCAUGCAAAAUCAUUUCUACUUUGGGAAUAAAGCCAGGAUCCUUAAAAUUAGCCUUUCUGACAAGGACACAGGCUAAGAUCUAUGUACAGACAGGCUGUGCUAUCUAAAACAGACAUGUUUACAGUUUAUAUCAACUGCCUAGUUCUCAUGUACUGCAUUGCUCCUACCAGCACCUUUAACACCUAGCAACAGUGUUCUAAAAAAAAAGCCCUGGGCCACCAAUUUGCUUGGCUGAAAGUGGACCCAGAAAUCUCCUCCCUUUUUUUGUUUAUCUCAAUGACCCUUAACCCACAUAUGUUUCCUGUUACCUUAUCCAUGUUUUGCUUUUGUCCCAAGACGAUAGGGGAACAUAGUGGGGGAGGGUAUGAAGUAGACAGCAUCCUGCCUAUAGCUUUUCUGUCUAAAUGGCAAACGUACAUUAUAGUGAAAUACAUAUUAUGCUAGAAUGAUUUACAGUUCGAUAUUAGAAAUAUUAUUAGAAAUGUAAGUGACAUUUUUAGCUUUUUGAAUGUGGAUUUUUGUUAGAUCUUGUUCAAAAUGAAAUUUAUUUUGAGCUAUUUUUGAACUAUAUGCUGGAUUCUAGAAGGUCUACUCAUUAAGUGUUCAGUUGUCAAAAUUCAUCUGUUUGAACCAGAUGUUUGCUGUCAAAAAUGUCAGCUGUUCACGAAAUGCAAACACGCUGACAGUGUGAGAGAUGGUAACAGUGUGUGGGAAUAGUGACAGUGUGUGGGGAUGGUGACAAUUUGGGAGGUGGUAACUGUGUAUGGGGAUGGUGACAAUGUGGGGGUGGUGUAUGUGAGGAGGCUGUUGUUUAGUGACCAACCUCCCCACACUGAAAUAAUGUUUAUUUUUUUGUGUGUAAUCCAUGCCCUUGUGGGUUAGCUAUCCAGUCUGCAACUCCGCCGAGUGCAGAGUUGCAGACCAUGUGUUGAAGAUCUUGCAAGCUUCGGCACUUGAUGUGUCUCUGAUUGGCUGAAGAUCGCAAGGUCUCUUCUACAUGGUCUGCAGCUUUGCACUCGGCGGACUGUGUGGAGGAACCUCACACCCAACGGUAUACAGGGCAAGCCGCCAGGCUCUCUCUCGGUGUGGGGCUCUCGGUCACGAAACAAGAACCCGACGCAUCACUCUGCCAUUUUAAUGACCUGUUUAGCAAAAUUUUAGAAGCCGGUUUGUGUUAACCGGCUGAAUCCCACCACAGGUGGAUCAUCCAAAAAUGUUGUUACUUUGCUCUGUGUGAUUCAUCUUUUACGGUAAAAUAGGGAGGUAUACCACAACCUAAGCCAUGAUUGUUCAACCACUAGCUGGUUUUAUGCAUAGCUCAGAGGUGCCAAAACUGGUGCUAUUUGAACUCUUCAGUGCCAAAGCAUUUAGUUUGUUCUCCAGUUCAUCCCUCUGCAACACAAACAAUGCAAGGUGUAACUAAACUGUACUCCUUGGACAAGACUGAUAACAGAUCUUAAAGAUUUAUUUUUCAAAGUUAAUCAUUAAUCCAUACUGUAGUUAAUCGUGAAACUGAUUGAUGCAAUCUCACAAUGUACAGCAAAUUUUGCACCGUGUGGGAUUUUGCAAGGCGUGGGACUUGGAGAAAUAUUUUAACAUAAUUUAUGUAGUAAAGGUUUCAAAUUCAAUGCAAACUCCUUAAAUUCUCUAUAGUUAAAAAAAAAAAAAAAAGGAUUUUCAGGAUAAAUCUAAACAAAUUCGUCUUCAUGUUUGAAAUUUGAAAUCAUGUUUUAACCAUGCCUUAUAUCCAGUAUAGCACCAAUGCAUUUUGUUUAAAUCACUAUAUCAUGUUAAUUGCUACCACAACAGUUUGAAGGUUAUUACAAAUAUUCAUGAUCAUCUUUUCUGUUAAGUAAUCUUUUCAUAACAUUUUAUUGAAUUCCUAUGUAUACAAUUAAAAGAAGGAAUGCAAGAAAUAAAUCAUGAAACAUGUAUUUUUAAUAAAUGUAAAAAGUAAGUUGGCUUACAAAUAAAUGGUCUCACACAGUGUUUCAAUUCUGAAGGGGUUUCAUUCAAAUUCCUAUAGAUAUCUUUGCGUAGGUCCAUGGGUUAAAGAUUAUGCUGAACCAUUCUGUUUUAUUUGUAACUAAUGCAAUUGUUCUUCAUUAGAUUCAAAUAAUUAGUAAAUGUUAACGCACGCAAGCCAGGGUGAUAAGAUAAUUCUUGAAAAACUAUUAAAGGACCACUAUAGUGCCAGGAAAACAUACUCGUUUCCCUGGCACUAUAGUGCCCUGAGGGUGCCCCCACCCUCAGGGUCCCCCUCCCGCAGGGCUGGAUGGCGAGGAAAGGGGUUAAACUUACCUUUAUUCCAGCGCCGGGCGGGGAGCUCUCCUCUUCCUCUCCGCCUCCGAUCCUCCUCUUCGGCUGAAUGCGCAUGCGCGGCAAGAGCUGCUUUCCUAUGGACGCUUGCAUCUUCUCACUAUGAUUUUCACAGUGAGAAGCACGCAAGCGCCUCUAGCGGCUGUCAAUGAGACAGCCACUAGAGGAUUUAGAGGCUGGAUUAACCCAUUUAUAAACAUAGCAGUUUCUCUGAAACUGCUAUGUUUAUAAAAAAAAAAGGGUUAAUCCUAGCUGGACCUGGCACCCAGACCACUUCAUUAAGCUGAAGUGGUCUGGGUGCCUAGAGUGGUCCUUUAAAGAGGGAGAUUUUAAAUCCUGUUGAAUUCUGUUAGAUGCACCUCACAGUUAGCUAUUAUUAAAACAUAUAUUGACCUAAAUUCUUCCAUACUCACUACUUGUUUGUAAAACCUGCCAUUUAUGGUAGACUUGUUUUUUUUAUAAGUUCAGUUUUACAGACAGUAUUAAUUAGUGAAAUAUCAGUUACAAAAUGUUUCCAUAGAACACACUAAAAUCCUUUAUGAGUGCCAAAGUGGGAUACAGUGUACUUCAUUAGAGAAAACCCACAUAAUUUUUUGUAGAUAAAUAUAUACAAUGAAAAUGUAAUGAAAAAAUUUAAAAUACAUAUUUUUAUACCCCAUACAGCUAUGGUAUAAUGAUAGAAUUGCUGCUAUAAACACUUACAUUACACACGAGGCUCAUCCAUACAACUAAUUAAUCAAAAUGUCACAGACAGUUUUGUUUGUUUGAAUAGAUUGUCUAUGCGUAAUUUGCUUACCCUUAUUGUCUUCUCCCUUUUUUAGAGAAUAUAACCUUCGAAAAUGGCACCAACACUAGCAGUGUAUUUGGGAAUGAGACAGAAAAAGAACAGAUCAUAGUGCUGAAUGGCUGGCUGGUGUGUAAGGAACAAGACGAAAUGCUGAAUUUAGCCUUUACGGUGGGAUCGUUUCUGCUCAGUGCCAUCUCUUUACCCUUGGGUAUCAUCAUGGACAAGUACGGACCACGCAAGCUCCGGCUAAGUGGAAGGUCUGUAUAUUCUUCAUCAAAGAUGCUCUCAAUCUCCUGUAUCCUGGACAAUUAAACCUAUUGUAUUGUCUUUUUUUUCUUUCAGUGCCAGUUUUGGAGUAUCGUGUCUACUGAUUGCAUACGGAGCAAGUAACCCUAAUUGUGAGUAAAGCCAUUUAUAUAAUAUUAAUAUAGCAGGUUGGAUAUGAUCUAGUUAGUGGACAUCUCUAUGCACUCUUCAUCAGUCCUGUAUCAGUAAUGUCAACCCAUGCUUUCUCUUUUUAACACCAGUACAGCAUUGCAGCUUCAUAGUAGCAUUAGGAACAACCGAAGAUCUGUGUUUUUUAUUCCAGUCGCUCAUCAUACUCUUUUUUUCCUCCCUAUUAUGGCAGCUCUGUCGGUGCUUAUAUUCGUAGCCCUAUGUCUGAAUGGUUUUGGUGGAAUGUGUAUGACCUUCACUUCACUGACAGUAAGUCUAAAUUCUGCUCUUCUCUUGCAUUUUAUUACAAUGUGUCUAUUUAACACUUCAGUGCUUUCUUUAUGUAACCAACAGAUGUUUGGAAAUGCACUAAUCCAAAGAUUUAUGACAAUAUUUGGUUAUUAAGUAAGCAUUGAUGGUUCCUGGAUUGUUAAAGUACUUAUCCGACCAAUACAAGAAAAAUCAAUGCCGGCUUUGUGGUGACUAUUAUGACGUCCUUAGAAAUGUGAUCAUCUCAGCAUCUUGCUAUUAGAUGCUAGGAUGAGCAUGGCUGUGCUACCAAUAAUUUCUGUUGCUAAGGGAUAGCAUUGGAUAAAGCACAAACACAGUCAUAAUGUAACUUCUGUCUCAUUGCACUAAUCAGUAAAUGGGUUAGUUCAUCUGUGUGAUUUGUUUGUUUUUACGUGCCCAGUGUUUUGUUUGUAUAAGUACUUAUUUUAUGUGAACACUUAACGGUAAUCCGUUAGAGAAAGAUCCCAUUUUCCUACUGUUUUAUUUUCACAGUGUGUGUUUUAUUCUUUGAGCUAUGUCAAUAUCCCUGUGUUUGUGUGACCUCAUUUAAUGGCACAUUUUAAAUUGAAUUUCCCUUAUUAAUAAUAUUAUAUAAAUAUAAGGUGAAACGAGAAAGUCAUCCAUUAUUGUAACUCAGUAUUUACUUUCUACAUAUAUGAAUGUGUCAGAAUGAAAAUAAUACAAAGUGGAUACAAUAUGUAAUGAUAUCCGUAGGCAGCACACACUGGCAAAAAGGGACAUUCUAUGCCCAAAUACGAAGAACAGCACUAGACAAAUGAUCAGAAACCAGGUUUUGUCUAACAACAAAUACAAGACAAUAGCACAUAUAUACACACCACAAUGUGAAAUAAUAAUCACGGCAGGUAACGAAAAAGUCCAAAUCUUCUCGUGGAUUGUACAGCUGUAUGCUGGUAUUACUAGAGCUUGUAUGAGACUCUAUCACAUGUAAGUGGUCACUUAUAUGUGGUUCUUAUAUAUAUAAAACAUCAAAUAUAUUACACUAUUGGGACCUUGUUUUUUGUUUUGCUUAUGAUUAUUGAAGAUCUUUUUGUGAUCUCGAGAUUCUCAAUGGUCAUAUGUAACAAAAAUCAAAAUAAAAAAGAUAAAGAAACAACAAGGGGCCCAAUAGUGUAGUAUGUUUGAUGUUAUAGUCUGAUGAACCAUGUACCAUCUCUGCCUACGGAUAUAGUUCUUGUACAUGUCCUCAGUGGUCCCAGAUGGAGUUAUGCAAUGAAAAAGAACAGAGAAAACAAGCCUCCAAUAGUGUAAAACCAGAUAUACAACUGAUAUACAUAUAGGAGAAGCAAAAAAUAUAAAAAAGAACACUCACAAGCAUAGAACCUAGGAUACACAGUGUAAAGCCUUACAAUCCUUGCCUUAGGAUAUAUGGUGGUAACGACUCCUUGCAAGGCGUUGAUCACAUAUAUAUAAUUAACAGGAGAUAUAUAGUGCUUAAAAAUAUAGAAUUAAAUCUUGCUUACAAUGUAUGGAGCAGUUAAUUUGCCUAGUGUAAUCAGCACGGGUGGUAUGAUCCCUGCCAGGGAUGUGUAUGUCCACAGUCCAGCUGAUGAUCCUCCAGUAUAGCCAGGACAAAUAAAAGCAGCAAGAUGGAAAUAUAAAUCAACUAAAAUUUAUUCACGUAACAAUUAAAAUAUAAAACCACAGAUAAAAUGUAUUUUUAACACAUUUCACCAAAUAAAAAAGGCUUUGUCAAGUGUAAAAAUUCUUUCACGGCAUUUCCUUAUUUUAUAAGAGAGGAAAAUUGAAAACUUGCAAGUAAAUGACAUCAUAGUCAUGUGAUUUCAACUGCAAUCAUGUGACUAGGUUUAACACAUAGUAAAUAUGGGUACAAUAAAAGAAUAGCAAAAAGACAGCAUGGCAUAUUAUAUAUAUAACUAUUAAAUAUUGCCAGAAGUUGGAAAGUAAGCAUAUAUAAUAUUAUUUUUAAAAAACAUAAAAGUCAUGUGACUUGGAUUGGGUAAAUUAGCCAUGUGGUACACAAGAAGACUGCAACAAAGCAAGAGUCCCCAUACUCAAUAUUAGAAGCAGACCCAUAUGUGUGUGUCUGACUAAGAUUAUGAAAAUCUGUAAUUGAAUUAGUGGCUACAUAAACAAUGGAUGACAUACCGCAGAGCAGUCAACAUCUGAACACAUGUUUUCAAGUCUUGCAUAUUCUGUAUAAUAUCAUCAUCUAAUAACAAGCUUAACGUUGGUCCCUUACAAUAUGCUCUGUAUUACCUGCCGGAAGCAUAAUAAUCAAAAGCUUGUGCAUAAAGCAAUUCUAUGAAUGUGUAGCACAAUAGCCCUCUCCCCCCUUAUUCUUAAUUUACAGAGAUAUAUGUAGAUCUUUAUGAGAGUUGUCAUGUAUAUAUAUGUAAGUCCCAAGUCUGGCACUCCACCCAAAAAUAUAUUAAAUAGAACUAACCUGGGUGCUUCCCAGUGCAAACUUAUUAGGUCAAAAAAGGAGCACAUUUGAAAAGUGUAUUCACAGGUUCAAAAAAUAAAUCAACGUUUCAACCCUUCUUGCUUCUAUACUGAAGAGGGUGCCCAGGAUAUUUCAAGUUCCAUCUCCGGCAGUGUCUUCUUGUGAACCUUGGGUGUCAAAGCGUUGCUGUGGGUAACUAUGGCAACGGUCCGCCCAGCACACAUGCCAGUCUCACAAGAGGGGGAAAAUGGAGACUCCUGGGCCCCCUUUACACUCUAUAACUCGAUGUGCCUCCAUACCACCAGGGAAUCUAGUGUUCCCUCUCUCUGGCCAGUGGUAAAAGGCAGACGCAGUGCAUCCACUACUCACACACUACACAUAUAGUGCACCCACCACACACACUGCAUCCACUACACACACACUGCAUCCACUAACCACACAAACUGCAUCCACUGCACACACUGCACCUACUACACACACAGUGCAUCUACAACACACACCACAUCAACUACAAAAACACUGUAUCAACUACACACACACUGCAUCUACUACAAACUGUUGGCGGACUCGGGUAUGGGCCCUGUGGGAGGACUCGGAGGCAAGCCGUAGGGGCUCAGGCCUUGAGCUGUGCACAGUGCUCAACACUUUCUUAUGGCAGCCCUGUUUGCAGACAUUAGAUGGGUAGAAUGGGUAGCUGGCUCUGAAAUUCAUACAUCUACACACCCGUAAUCAUUUUUGGACCAUAUAAGAAAAACACAUUUUUUUAAAACUAAAUUUAGUUUUGCAAAACAAAUGUAGGUAAAACAUACUUACCCUGAGGAUUAACUAUAGGCAUUCAAAUAUCUCUUUAAAAUAAAUAAAAGUAAUAAUUUGAUAUAUUUGUUUGAAUACUGCAGUAUAUUAUUUUUAAAAAAUCCCCAACGUAUUGUAUGUUUACCUAGAGAUAUAGCUAUUCCUACUAUAUCUAUCACAAGCAGGUUUUUCUUGCUAGUAAUGCAGGCUGCAGGAUAAUGAGCGAUAUGCCUCUGAAAGUCACUCCCAGACAAGGACGAUAAGUGUGUUUCAUAGGCAUUCAUUAUAACUUCAACAGAAACUCUGCUCAUACUGAACUUGUCAACACAUUGUUUUUUUGUGUUUCUUCAAAACCACCAAUAGCAACCAGUUGCAUAACUUCAUUCUUUUUUUUUAUGAAUAAAACUACUUCACAAAUAUGACAUACAUGUCCUGUAAACCUCUCCUAUGUCAUAUCCCGCAUUAUGAUGCACACAAAGUUAAUAAUUGAUCCAGCUUUGUGCUUACCUGGAGAGUUCAUGCAUGGUCAGCUUUUUACACAAGCAUAGUAUUAAAAGGUCAUUCUGAAACAAAUAUUUCCUGAUCUUGGAUUCCAUUACCUUUCACAUUCAUUUUGUGAGUCAGUUCACAGGAGCUCCAAGUUUUAUAUACUAGUUUUAAAUCAAAUCAGAUCAACUGAGCUUAUGUACAUGUAUUCAUGCCAAGCUAGUCCUGGCAAGGUGAAUCACCUUCUAUCGGUCACAAAACAAUAAUACACAUUGUAUAAAGAAAAUUAAUGGAAUAUAUAAUGGACUGGAUCUGAUCCAAGAACUUGUAGAAAUCAUUGUUUGCUCAGGAAACUGGUACGGUUUGAGUGGUGCUUGAUAGGGGAGGGAUGUUCUCCGUUUUAGGAGAUCAGACAGAAUGUGCUUGUUUGUUAUUACAAAAGCAAGGCAGAACCAUGUACCAAUAGCUUAGAAUGUGCACAUGUAAUUUGUUACUAGAUACAGGUCAGGGAGAGCUGAUAAGUGGUCCAGCACAGAGCAGAAUGAACAGAACAUUGUGCAUUAGAGAAGGUCAUUUCAAAAAUCGCUAUUCUCCUACUCUUCAUUUUGAGGAUAAACAAGGAUGCAAUUUAUGCAAUGUCACAUUUCAGAAACAAUGCUCCUUUACUUGAGAUGUUUCAUCCUUUAGUGGGCAGCGAAGCCUGGGAUUUAGACAUGAAUCACAGGAUUAUAUUUCCAUAUUGAUGGCACGAAAACUGAUGUCAAAUGUUCCUCAUAAACUCUGUGCAUUGGAACAGGACCAAAAAUAUGGAAAUUCAUCAGCGCUAUUACUGCGCCUACUUGCAGGGGAAUGUGCAAAAAGGCUAGUGUCUAGCAUCUUUAAACCCUCAGGUUUCACUUAGACACAUUUGCGACCUGGAGUUGAAAAAAAUAACAAUAUUGAUACCCACUUGUUCCCUUCUUGCUGGGGUGUACAAAGACCAUUAGAUGGCUAAACUUUCGCGCUAAUCCUGAUUGCCUAAUUGUGUACUAUACAUGUUCCAUAAAACCAAAGGAUAUGCAGUUCAGCUUCUGCUGAAUGGCAAAUAGCAGAGAUGGCCUUCAGUAACUUCAAGUUAAAAGGCUGUUAUGCAGCUUAGCUUAAUUCAUGUUUUUUCAUGAAUUAAAUAAUUCAGGACAGUGGAAGUUGCUGCUAUGCAGACCUUUUUCUUAGAAUUCCAUGAGGGAACCUGUACAGGUCAUUUAGACUUGGCAUUUUCUGCCCAUACAGCAAAAUCUAUUGAAUGGGUCUGGUGGAAACUCUAUGAGCGCACUAAUUAGUUCAAUCUUAACUAGCUGUUGGUUUCUUUGAGGGAAACCCAUGAAUCCUUACUGGUGUUAAAAAGUGUUACAUGGCUUUAAAACAUUGUCAGACCUUAGUAUAUCCAAGUUCCUGUUCUCAUACAUUUCCCCCUUGUUUUAGUACAUCAAGGAGCACUUUGUAAAAGCAGAAGCAGGAUACUGUGUUUUAUUCAGCUUCCUAUAUGAAGGAUUUCCUCUAGGGCUUGAGAGUGUUUUUUUUUUUAAAUAAACAAGAGGGAACGUCUAAAGUAUCAUAGUUUCGCAAGCAAUGAUUAGUACAAAUGAAAACAUUGCACAGUUUAUUGAUAGCCUCACCCAGCUCUGUUCUAGCACAACACCUUAUAAGCAUGAGACAUCACUGACUUUCACUUGGGGCCAUAAAAGGCCCCUUUAUAAAGCUACGGAGGCCUGUUUUCUUGUAUGUGUUUAUCAUUUUUCCCAACUCAUAACUACAGAUGACAGAUUUUAGAUAUAACAGAUAUAAUUUGUAUCUUCUCCUUUUAACAGCACUCAGUGUAUAAAGUGACAUUUUUUUGUAAUGCAUUGUAUUGUGCCGCUAACAGCUUUUAUAAAAAGAACACUGAAAAUUGAAAAUCAAAUCUCAAAUUUCUUUGCCGUGUUUUCUGGUGGCAUGUACAAAUGUGUCACUAGAUCCAGCAGGUUAGAGUGGAGGGUCAGAAAAGGAGCUCUAGUGACCAUCCAGUCAGGAAACAGCAAUACAUUUCAAAGUGAUGACUUUAUCCCAUUAAUCUCUGCUCAGCAGGGCUUUAAGGACUUGCAGGGGUUUGUGGACUUUCUAGUUUAGUAUUUACAAUUUUAAUUAAAUCGACAUCUUUAUGUGUAGUGAUCGUGGUGCAGAGAUUAUGUCCAUGUUCUCUGACAAAUAUAAACAUUGCCAUUUCUGAAGAAGGGUGCUAUAUAAAAUUGUCAAAGAACAUGCCUUUAGUGCGCCUCUAAUUAUUCAGGGUGGAAGCUAUAACGUGUAUUACUGUUUUGUUGGAAUCUGGAGAGUCCCUUAAACUGUCAUUAAUAUUUCAGGAACAAAGGAUUGAAAGUACAGACAGAGUACAACAUAAACAUCCAUUGUAGGUGUAGCCAAUUCAAGCUAACAAAAACAAGUUUGUGGUUACAGACGAACCGGCUACCUAAACUUUUGUUGUGUCCUGAUCUAGUUGUAGUCUGUAAAUUGGGUUUCAUACAAUCUAAUCAAACCAUCAGUUGUGUUUGCGUAGCGGAAUUAUCUUGGAGAGAAACCUUACACCAUUGACAGGGUUAUAUUAGCAAUAUAUUAUUAUUAAUGUACUGCAAGUUUAUACAGAACCACAGACAAUAUACACAAUAGAGAUUUGUCACAAAGACUGCUAAAUGUAAUAAGCUCACUUUCAAAAGAACAUGGAUAAAAUCUUUUAAUUUCCCUUAUGAUUCAAAAAUCAAAUGAGAGUAAGAUAAAAUGUUAUUCUUUGCCAAUGCUAUCGUUCUGUUAUUAGUGCAACAGUAUUUAUAGUGCCAGUUCAAAUGUCAUUGUCAGAGGUUUGGUCUCUUAGCCCUUUAUAUUUCUGAAGGCAGUAAAAGUAAUACCAUUAAGCUGCUUGGUUAAAUCUUUACCGCAAGACAUACCUGUAAACCAGAAAAAAAAUGUGCAGCAUAAUUACAAGUUGGAUAAUCUUAUUAUUUAAAGUUUAAUUGCAUCUAACCAUCACCUUUUCUUUCAUAGCUGCCGAACAUGUUUGGGGACCUGCGCUCAACGUUUAUUGCACUGAUGAUUGGAUCUUAUGCCUCCUCUGCAGUCACGUUCCCCUUCAUAAAGGUGAUUGUUUUUUCCUGUAUUCCAUUUAGACAAGGUGCAUUCUGAGAAAUAUUUAGGUUUGUUGACAUUUCAUUUUGAUCAGUUUGUUUUCGAAGAACAUAAAUUCACGAGAAUGCGUUAGCUCCAUGUUUUGUAAUGACUUUCUGGUAGCAUGAUCAUGUUACUGAUUGUUAUUCUUAUAUAAAUUGGGGAAUUGUCCUGAAUGUUUGGUAAUUAUCUGCCAAACCCAGUGCCUUCGGGGCAAAUCCAGCAAGUUCACAGCUCAUUAACUUAUGUGGGAAUGACAGUCUUGAACAUUCUUGGCUCAUACACAUAUAAUCAUUGGAACACUUUGUUUCCCAAACCCUAAGGUAGAUGCCAAUGUUAUAAGUUAUAGUCAAUAUUUAAAUAUUUUUACAUUGAAUGAGGUUUAAUGGUACAGUCAACAUUGUAUAAAUAUGGUUUCUUGCUUUUUCCAAGCAAAAGCAUUUAAUCAUUGCUUGUCUGAUUUCAUUUCCAGGUUAUUUAUGAUCUUCAUGUGAGUUUUGUAACUAUAUUAAUAGUCUGGGCCUCGUGUGCUGUGCUUGUCUUUUUCAACUGCUUCUUCAACUGGCCCCUAGAACCAUUUCCUGGCCCAGAAGACAUGGAUUACACGUAAGUUCUUCAGUGGCUGCAGGAUGGCUUCUUCAUUCCAACUCCUAUAUUAAAAGGAUGCUACAUAACUGUCAUCUUCUUACUUGCUUCCAGUGUGAAAAUUAAGUUCAGCUGGCUGGGCUUUGACCACAAAAUCACAGGAAAGCAAUUCUACAAGCAAGUGACAACAGUGGGCCGACGUCUUAGUGUUGGAGGCUCCAUGAAAAACCCCAAAGAAUUGGCUGCUCUUCAGGAGGGAAACAAGCUAUGCCUAUCCACAGUGGACCUGGAGGUGAAAUGUGAGACAGGCAAUGCAGGUACGUUGCUUAGGCCAGUGGUCAAUUCCUAGAACGAGUAGAUCACAUUGCACAGCAGACAAUCAGAACCAUGAGUUUGAUAUUUUCAAUCUUUGUUAAGGCAGACAUUGUUUUCUUAACAUUUGUGUGUAGGAGCCUGUGGUUUUGUUACCCGUCUUAGAAAUGUUCAACCCUGGCCUUGUAGAUGUCUCUGGAUUGGCUGAGCAUUAUGGGGAAUGCAAUUAUUUGUGUACAAUAAUAGGGUUCAGCAGCAAAGUUGUUAGAUUUCUUAAGAUAUUUCAUUUUCUUCCCCUUGCAGCAACUCCAUCCUUCAUGAAAAGCGUAUUCAGUCCAAUCCUGAUGCUGAGUCUCAUCACUAUGUGUGUCACCCAGCUCCGUCUCAUAUUCUAUAUGGGAGCCAUGAAUAACAUCCUGGAAUUCCUUGUUGAUGGAGAUUUGGAAACUGGUAAGCCUGCAAAGCACUUCUACGUAUUUGAUGUAUUUUGUUGCCAAAUUCUGCCUUAUCCUGCUUUCCUGCAUAGAUUUUUACCUGGUACAUUUAGAUCAGUGGGUGUUGUAACAAUGAAACCCUCUGCCAGAAAGCAAAACAUUGAAUUACAAAUAUACAAAAACAAGUCCUACGAUCAAACUUCCACUACUCCUGGGCAUCAGCAAUGACUACAAUACACAUCAGUCCUGAUACAUACAAUAAAAAAAAACAAAGAAAAAAUGUACUUAGCAACGAUCCAAAAUCCCUAUGCACAUUUAAAUAACUGGAGGUUUUUAGUAUCAUUCCAGUGGCCAAAACAUUUAAUUACCUUACUACACUCAGUGGUUUCCUAUUGGUUAUAAAAUGCAAAAGUUUUUUUUUAGAGGUCCUUGUCAUACAGCCUUCCCCCAUGCAGCAGAGGCCCAUUUAAUGCCAAAAAGAAAUGAAUAAAAGUAUUUUCCAUCAAUUAUUUUAGUAUAUGUUGUGUUACAUUUCAUGCAUGACUCACAAAGCAUAUUUUACAAGUGAAGUAUGCGCUGCAAUGUACAUAGUACAGGCCCCGAUCAGACUAGGUUAAUACCCUUUGUUUUACAUUAAUCAAUAUUGUUUGAGUAAUUCCAGGAAGAUAGUGAUAAUCCCCCAGCAGGCUAAGAAGCAUGACUCUUAUAUAACUGCUGGCUCCUAUAUUUUGUUAAAUUAUUCCUAUAGUUAUCUAUGAACUCUGUCUAUUUCCUCAUUCCUAGAAACCUGCACCGUGUCUCCUAGAUAUAUUGUUUUGGCUUUAAAACAAUAGUUACAUUUGGCAGUCCCUCUUUUAAGGUUACAUUAAUAUCAGCUCGUGAGUCAUUUUUACAACAAAAGCAGAAUUGUCAUCAUUUCUAUUAUUAAUGGAAGGAGUAUGUAAAGUUGUCAUGAAAAUUAUACAGAAUAAUGAAGGUGAAGUCAGGUGUUAAGUAUUAUUAUUUUUAGUUUGUUAGCCUGUGGAACUCAAGUGGGAUAUCUCUAGUGACAAGGCAGGACAUCUAUACUAGUCAUAACUGACUCGGUGAUACAGCUGGUCCAUUAAUGCACAGCUGUUGAAAGUACUGGGUUUGAUGUACUUUUCACUAUAUCGCAGACAGACAAGCAGAGCUCACAGUAGGGCAGUUAACCACUUCAGGAGAAGGGGUUAAGUAAAUUCCAUUACUUCGUGAUUCCCAAGACUGGAUUAUUUUAAGGCCCCUGUUAGCACCUGUACCACAAGCUCUGAUUUUUGAGGAAUGCCCUGCCUGUAAGAGCAAGCAGGGAAGUCAAAAUAUCUCCUUGCUUGUCCCUGAGCCCCCUCACUACAUCAAAAGAGCAUGUGAUCUGCACCUCUGUUGGGAGAGAUCAUAUUAAUAGGUCCCUCGCAGUCCUGUCGCAUCUCUACUGAAUCUAUGCGCAGCAGCCUGUGCUUUGAGUCAUAGCCUUGAGCAUCAAAAUGUUGAGGGAGCUCUGAGAGUGAUCUACAAUCACCAAACACAACACCAAUUGCACAAUACUCAGUCUCCUCGCACACAAAGCUCAGCCACAAAUAAACACAACACUCAGCCACCGCACACAAAACAUGCUCUAUAGGUGGAGGCCUCAAUGUGGCAUCCUGACUAGGGACUUGGAUGACCUUAAAAAGGCUCUGAUGGGGGGCGGGGCCUAACGCUGCAUUGGAGCUGACAGCAUUUUUCCGAGCUACGUGACUUUUCACUUCAGUCUGGGGUAAACCGCGACCAUCCUGCUAGAUAAUUAGCAACCAGACACACCAUCACCCGCGGCACACCUGGCAGACACCAUGGAUGCCGUUCUUAUUGCCCUGGGCUCCAAUACCAGACACCGAGGCGACAAGGGCAGGCCUACCGCGCGGGAGCACAAGUGCGAGACAUCGCAGGAGGGCUCCGGCCGUGGCACACACUCGACUCGGAAGAUCUAAUACCCAGCACCCCACUUAGAGGUGAGAUGGGACACAAAUCACAAAAACUGCCCCCCCCCAUCACCCCAGGGUAACGGGGUUCAACCUGCAUAGGAGCCCGUCCUCCCUAAAUUGCACCACGCAAUCAAAUGGAGAAACCCCCCCUCAUGCCGGCACCCUACAAGCCUAGAUAGGCUAUAUAAUGCACCCAAGCUCCUACAUAAACGAACGUAUACACCUAGAAUCUCACAAAACGGCUACACUUCAGCAUUGGACCUAGUCCAGCUUAAUUGAAGCAUCAUUCGCUAGAAAACAGCACACUGUAAACUGAAGUGACCUUCAACAAGCCAACACCAAUAACCUCCACGGAACGGUGACCUAGUCACUACAUAAAACCCAACAGUGAUACACACUCACAGAUUGCUACUCAGACUAGACUACACUCAUAGAAAACAUUUAACCGCGGCACACCUGGCAGACACCAUGGAUGCCGUUCUUAUUGCCCUGGGCUCCAAUACCAGACACCGAGGCGACAAGGCCUACCGCGCGGGAGCACAAGUGCGAGACAUCGCAGGAGGGCUCCGGCCGUGGCACACACUCGACUCGGAAGAUCUAAUACCCAGCACCCCACUUAGAGGUGAGAUGGGACACAAAUCACAAAAACUGCCCCCCCCCAUCACCCCAGGGUAACGGGGUUCAACCUGCAUAGGAGCCCGUCCUCCCUAAAUUGCACCACGCAAUCAAAUGGAGAAACCCCCCCUCAUGCCGGCACCCUACAAGCCUAGAUAGGCUAUAUAAUGCACCCAAGCUCCUACAUAAACGAACGUAUACACCUAGAAUCUCACAAAACGGCUACACUUCAGCAUCGGACCUAGUCCAGCUUAAUUGAAGCAUCAUUCGCUAGAAAACAGCACACUGUAAACUGAAGUGACCUUCGACAAGCCAACACCAAUAACCUCCACGGAACGGUGACCUAGUUACUACAUAAAACCCAACAGUGAUACACACUCACAGAUUGCUACUCAGACUAGACUACACUCAUAGAAAACAUUUAACCGCCACGAGCCACGCACCUUUACUCUGCUGGUUUUACGGUUUAUCAAGUAGAGUGCUGAUAUACUCACCUAGACAAGUGGCCCACACUCCCCCUAAAUCUAGUCACACACCUCGCUAUAACCUAUCUGCCCGUAUUAUAAAAUUAAGCGAAUUGUAUCACUAAGAUGUCUUGCAUUGCAUAUAUCAUGUUAUUAUGUUACGUGGAGGUGCUGUUGUGGCUCUAAACAUCAGUUUGUUAAAAUAAAAGGCUCUGAUGAUUCUGGCAUUCUGAUGAAAAUGACUGAACUCUGACUGGAAAGUCAAUUUCCGUAUUUACAAAAGCCAAUUUUUGGUCGACCUGAUCAAAUUUGGAACAAUCGUCCUGAUGUAUUCAGUGUCUGGUUCAAGCUCAGUGCUCUUUGCAUCUGAACCCCUAAUACAAUGUAAAUAUGUACAAAGCACCAAUAUCAUAAACAAUACAGAUAGAAUGUAUAUUGCAAACCAUCGUUAUUAUUUAUUUUAGGUUCAUCAUAGAUUAGUGGGCAUGUCCUCACGUUACUAUUUAAUGUGACGGCUGACUAGUAAGAAUUGUAUUCUGGCUGCUAGAGCUAUCAGUGGGAAAAUAUUUCUGAACAUUGUUUUUGGAUUUGGUACACAUUUAGAGACAGUGAAAGCUGCAUGGCAUUUUUAAGCAUCUGGCACAAAUUUAAAAAAACGCCAUGCAGCUUUCACUGUCUCUAAAUGUGUACCAAAUCCAGGCUCAUUUGGAGCCUGCUUUGCAAAAUCUAGAUAUUGUUAAAUACUGUGAACAAUGUUCAGAUUUUUCAGUCCCAAUUGUCCGGUGGACAAUUGUUUUGCCCCAUUCAGUCAAGGACCAUUCUGACUUUUCUGAAUACCCCUGUAUGACCAUACUGGAACUAGUAAAUAAGUAACAUGUAGACUCACCAUUCACUAUAAAAAGGAAAAAUUGAUACAUGCUAUUAUUUUACUCAGUAUAAUUUUUAUUACAAAGAGAUUUCUUAAGGUAAUAUAUCUUGAUUCAUAAAUGUAAAACUGUAUAUUUAUUUUAUGGAAGCAAAAUGGCAGUUGUUUAUCUUAUGUGUAAUGUUAGAUGUCUGACAGUUCUACAGUUAGCAGAGAAGAGGGCUGUAUGUUUAUGUGAUAUUGGGUCCUGGAGAUAACAAAUGUUAAAGACCAAUGCACUAAUGCACUGCACAUCUGUUCUCUAACUAGAGAGCAGUGUUUCUGGCUCUGCAGCGCCUCCUAGAGCAUGAAAUUAUAUUUAGCAAGUGAGAGAACUGUUCACGUGCUAUUUACAUCAGAUGUGAUCUUCCUCAAUUGCAAAACGGUUUGUGGCAGAAGUUCAAUGCGGCUAAUCCAGUCCGAACUUGCUUUAUCAGGAAUGAGUAGCUGAAGAGGCAUGUUGAAAGGCAACCGUGAAUUAUUACUCACAUUGAUCCGCUCACAUGAGCUCAGCAUAAGACAACAUAUCUACAGAAAUAAAUAUGCUCAGUAAUGGGAAAUUAAACAUACAUAGACCAGUAACAGCAAUCAGAAAAAAAAAACAUACAAGACUUUAAACGGAAAACCUACCUUCAUUAGGCACAUCGUAGCGCCAUUUAAUACAUUGAUGGCAAUGUGUAUGUUAUUUAUUAGCCUUUCCAAUUUUUCUAAAUACUUUCAUUAGUCCUUGGCCUUCUCUUAUAUCUAGGAUAGCCUUAUGCCUAUCCCACGCAUGCUUAAACUCCUUUACUGUGUUAACCUCUACCACUUCAGCUGGAAGGCUAUUUCAUGCAUCCACUACCCUCUGAGUAAAGUAAUACUUCCUGAGAGUGAGAAGAAACCAUUACCUGAGGCAGGUUAAAGUAUUUUUCCGUUUCCAAUCCAGCUCUGCAGAAUACUUAAAUGUUAGAACCCUGUUUAUGUUUAUUAGAGCAUGCAGAGGACUAGGCAUUUACAUAUCAGAACUGUUAAGUUACGUCCAAGAAAAUGAUCUUGUCACGUGGAAGAUUGUAAGGCUGCAUCUGUUUUAUAAUAUUUAAAUGAAUGCUUGUUGACAGGCAGGUUGAUGUGCUGAGUGUACCCAUUCCUAAAUUCCGGGGAUAUUUAGAAUCUGUAUCUUCAGAAAAAUGCUGGUAUUACCGUCAUUAUCCUGUUGUGCAAACAUUCACUAUGCAUGUCUGUUUCUGCAGUUCUACAUGAAUGAGGCAGAGUGUUGUCCAAAAGAUUAUGUCUCCAAAUCAUUCAAUCAAAGACUCUGUCCCACUUAGCAAACAGUAUUUUAGCCAUUUAUGCACAGAUAUGAGAGUAUUCCAUACAGCGCCUUGGGCUGUUCAGUAAGAUUUUUCUUUACAAAGGACUGAGACAACCUGAGAAUGAAGGCCAACUUCCCCUGUAACACCAUUAAAUGCAAAACAGAUUUAUAGCUUUAAAACCUGACAAAUUCAAUGAAUCUCCUCCAUGAAGAGAGAUUUCUAGUGUGGAUUCCUGAAUGGUGAAAUUUCCAAGUUACUCCACUAGGAAAUAUGCUGAGAUUUUAAACUACACGUCGUGAAUUUGUAAAGCACUCUUUAUCUGUAAUUAUGCAAGUUACAUAUCGAGGUUAUACACUAAAGAGUGAAAUGUUGAGAAAUCAAAGUGAAUUUCAAAUGUUAUGCUAACAUAGCUAAACUGCAAAAUGUAUCUAAAAGUAGCUAUGUAUUUUAUUAGGCUACUUUGGCUUCAAAUGUUCACUUUGUUUCAAAUUCUCUAUAUCCCCUUUAGUAUAAAACCCUGCAAUCACUUCUUAAAAGUAGAAUACCAGUUAGCUGCCUUAUCUGAUGCUCAGGUUAAGAGCUAGUUGAUUUUUAAACGAACACGUUUUCUUUUAAAUUUAGUGCUACUUUAGCAGCCGAUUUGAUGUUUUUUCAUAUAAUUUCAUUUUUAAUCAAGUCAAUAUGGAAAUCUACUUUACAUAAAACGCUGUUUGAUAUACCGUUCAAAUUAUAGAUGUACUGGAUACACUGCUUUUUGGUCAGCACAGAUCUGGCAGCUGAAUUAUCCCUCUAGGGUAGGAAUUGUGUUGCUAAAAUUGCUCCACACUUACCGUGCCAUUAUUUACCCUAUUUAAAAAUUUAAAUUCACUUUAUGUCUUAAUUUAUGUAAGCUAGACAGAAAUAUACUCACGACCUCUGCUUUAUGUUUACACCAAUAUCAGUCAUCAUGCAACUGGAUCGUGCUGAGUUUGGAUGAUUCCAUACAUUUCACUUCCUCUUCUUUGUGGAACUCGCUGAUUCAAAUGUACGCACAAAGCACUGAAACAGGGUCGCACUUAUGAUUACAGUGUUGUGCAAUUCACUGUCUAAACAUGUGGUCUAAAGAUUUGUCUGCUUUUGGUUCACCAUCUGUUGCUAACUAAUUUCUUUUCUUAUAUUGUUUCCUUGCUAUCACUUGCUGACUUCUACUUUUCAUUACAUAGUGAUGCACACGGGUAAGCUUGAAGAAACAAUGGGUUUAAAUGCCAAAAAAACAAAACAGGGCUGCAUCACAAUUGUAAAUUCAGUGUGGGGAAAAAACAAAAAAAUAUUUUUGUUUAUAAUUAAAAAAAAAAGCAAAACCCCUAACGAAAAGAGAUGUAAUGCAAUAAACUUUAUACCAGUACUAGUCCGGUUAAAGGGAUUCUGGAGGAAAAUGGAGGCCCACUCUAUCUUUGUAAGCCGCAGAACUUUCAUAUGAAUCUAGACUUUUAACACAACAUGCCUCUCCAGUUGGAUGUGGACAGCCAGGGGAGGCUGGUCCAUAGGUUCAGAUAGGGCAGCGCAAGCUAGAUUUUAUUUGAAAAAAAUAAAAUCAAAAGUUUUGGCAUAGUAGAGUCUAAUGAUACAUUUGUUAGACAUUGUUUUAAAAAAGUUGUGUCUGGCAUAAUUAUAGCUGCAAUUUUCACCCCCUUUAUUGAUGAUAGGCUAUGGUACUUAUCUGAGUAACUAAUUAUGUCGAGAUUUUGGGGUAUUUUAAACAGAAGUCUGAGUAUAAAGCCCUUGGACAUGCUUAGUGUGCUCUCACAGGAUUUGUGUCAUCAUCGGUUGGCUUUGUAUUUAGUCUUCAGAUCAUUGACUGCUUAAAAAACAGGCUUGCAUUUUUUGCUGGUCUUUAGGGCUGUCAUCGGGUAACAACAUCAAAGAGUGGAGUUAGAUCUCUUCAAAGUGGUUGUUGUUUCCCAAAUAUAUGUAUUAAUAUAUCUAUGCUAUUGCACAGUACGUGACAUCUCAUUGAGUCAGGAGUUGCUUAGAUGUGCUUAUGUAGUGAGAGACCAACACUCAUUGAGUCAGGGGUUGGAUACAUGUGGUUAUGUAGUGAGAGACCAACACUCAUUGAGUCAGGGGUUGCUUAGAUGUGGUUAUGUAGUGAGACACCAACACCCAUUGAGUCAGGGGUUGCUUAGAUGUGGUUAUGUAGUGAGAGACCAACACUCAUUGAGUCAGGGGUUGCUUAGAUGUGGUUAUGUAGUGAGAGACCAACACUCAUUGAGUCAGGAGUUGCUUAGAUGUGGUUAUGUAGUGAGAGAGGGGUUGCUUAGAUGUGGUUAUGUAGGAAGAGACCAAUACUCAUUGAGUCAGGCGUUGCUUAGAUGUAGUAAUGUAAGAAGAGACCAACACUCAUUGAGUCAGGGGUUGCUUAGAUGUGGUUAUGUAGGAAGAGACCAACACUCAUUGAGUCAGGGGUUGCUUAGAUGUGGUGAUGUAGGAAGAGACCAACACUCAUUGAGUCAGGGGUUGCUUAGAUGUAGUUUUGUAAGAAGAGACCAACACUCAUUGAGUCAGGGGUUGGAUACAUGUGGUUAUAUAGGAAGAGACCAACCAAGUUGAGCGCUCCACCAUCUUUAAACUUCACCAGCCACCAAUGUGGACAGCCUUGGUGUUUUUAUAAUGUCAAUUCCAGCUAGGACAAGUUUGUAAUAAAAAUGUCCUGGAGAAAUGAUGCUUUAACAAUUAGCUCCAUUGUCCAUCCUAACUACCAUUCCCUGAUAGAUAUCAGCAACUCGCCUUUUAUCUAUAUGCUCAUAACGCUUCUUUCAAUGUUCUUAACGUUCAUAUUAUCCUUAGCAUGCACUGUAUAAGCCUUCUUUGUUUAUUCAUUUAAUUGCUUCAUACAUACAGUGCAGUGUACUAAUUUAAUUUGGAUGUUUAAACUUUUUUUUUGCUGUUUAUGCAUGAUAAUAGUCGGUUUUUAGUCGGAGUAGUAAAUUUUAUGAAUUUAAAGAUUGACAGUGCAAGAAAGGAAAUAGGUGACAGUCAGCACAUCUAAUACAUAUUAUAGAAAUGGUAUUAUUACACAAUGCAUAAAUAUCAGUCACAUGGAUUUUAAGUUUUUUGUGUUUUUUUUGUCUCUGCAGUCAGCCUCUAUACAUCAAUUUUUGGCGUAUUGCAGCUACUCUGCCUCCUCACUGCCCCUGUCAUUGGCUAUAUCAUGGACUGGAAACUGAAGGAAUGUGAUGAUGGCAACGACGAUGAGGAUGAAAAGGAUGAGAAGUAAAUACUCUGAAAACCUUGUAAUGACUCAAAAGUAGACAUAGCAUAAUACUAAACAGCAGCCUUACACUGGUUCUGUAUUGAAGGGUUUGUUUUAGUGGCUCUUUAAAGUGCAAUGCGCCUCUAUAUAUCUAUAUAUAUAUAUAUACCAUAAGUGAGAGAAGUGGCCAAAAGGCAGACCCCCAGCUGUUACCUUAAUAUGACUGUGAAAGGAACCUGGGAGUUGAAGUUCUGAAACAGAUCAGAAUUUACUCCCUGGCCGCCAUGAUUUAUCUUAUAAGCAGCUGAACAGUUAGUAUAGAAUGUAAAUGAUGAAUUAAAUAUUUGACCCUAUCUAACACGUGUCCAUGAAUUAAUAUCAAUUAUUCACUUUCCAUCUUUUUCAGAAAUGGCAAGAAAAAGAAGAAACGUGAUCGUCAGAUUCAAAAGAUCACGAAUGCCACUCGGGCCUUUGCAUUUACCAAUGUGCUGCUGGUGGGAUUUGGAGUUACCUGUCUCAUUCCAAACUUGCCCUUACAGGUGUGUGGCAAGUAAAAAAAUUAGGGCCCGCAUUUUGUUUACUAUAAUAUUGAACACAAAACCAAAAAUCUAAUAUGUUUAAAAAAUAUGGGACGUUUGUCUGGGGGAAGCCGCUGGGUGCUGGUGAAACCCAGACUAAUGGGAAUGUGCUAUUGUAUGUAUUCUGUACAAUCUGUGUAGUAUUUUGUGCUGUAAGACACCACACAGAUUACAAACAACCCUCAAACCUUAUCAGAAAACAAAAGCCGCAGACUGUAAAAAAAAUGGACUUUGUUUUCCUGCAUUUAACUGUUAAAAGAAAUCCUGUUGCUUAGACAACCUAGGUAAUAAGAGCUGCAUAACACCGAGCACUUUCAUUCAUCGAAGAAUAACAUGAAUGAAGAUGCUCUGCGUGUUAAAUGAAGCCAUCUGGCAGCUGCUAUUAACUUGCCAGGUUGUUUCAUUCUUUGCCACUAACUGUUCAGCUUUCAGUAGAGACUACAUAUCUCAGUGAGGUUUAUGAGGAAUACACAAAUCUUCCUCUGAAAACAAUGGAAGACCAGGGUGGCUGAGAACAUCACCUGGGGUAUCCAUAACAAACGUCAAAACAAAAGUGCUACAGAUUAUCUGCCUCACUUUGCAAUGCAAUAGUUACCUUUGACUGAUUCAAAGUAUGGCAUCUUUGUCCACUGUUGGUUCCCAGCUGUUCUCAUAAAUGGAUUAAAUAGAGUUCUCAAAAGAAGGACAUCAAAUCAGUAUCCUGCAUGCUCCAUUGUGCUACUACUGGACUUAGCUAGUGACCAGAAAAUGUAUAGGUGAGAAUAGACAAAUGGUAGACCUUUGCUGGCUUCUGUAAGGUAGACUUCCUGAUGUAAUAAAAGUAAAUAUUUUAAUUUAAAGUAUUACUGUCAGGAUUAUUCACUAAAAUGAGAAUUCUAAGUGAAUUUCAAAAUUAAGGCUGAAGAAGCCGAACUGGAAUCAUAGCCGAGUUAGAGAAUUUUUCCAGUUUGGCAAUUUUCACCUUAAUUCUGAAAUUCACUUUGAAUUCUCACUUAAGUAAAUGACCCCGUGUGUUUAAAUCUUACAAUAGAUCAUGCACCUUUAAAUGUAAAUAUGUAUUUCAAAGUCAUGCUGAUUUUUACAUUUCAAAAGCAGGCCCCGCCAUUAGGAAGGGGUGAGUGGGGCACCACAGGUGCUGGAGUCUUAACAGCUAGCUGCCUAGAAAAUACAUAUGUUAAUGCAGUUUUGUAAUGCGUAGAUUUAUAUCAGUACUCCACCAACAUACAGUAAUACUGAGAAGGUAGUAAGUCCAGGGAUGUGAUGCCAUCAUGGCCCUACCUGCCUGUUUAAUGUGGAAACGGGGAGCAAGCGAGGAAGCGGGGUUGCCAAUGCAAACCCUUCUUGCUUUUCCAUUGCUAGAUACCAGGUAUAGCAUGGAGACCCUCCUUCUCUCUCUACGCCCCCUCCCCUAAAUAAUAUGAGUAGCAGAGAAGAAGGGUAGAUAAUAAAAUAAUACAAAUUGUGUGUGUAUUUAUGGUGAGUGUUUGUGUGUCUGUAUUUAUGUUUAUGUUACAUCAAGGGUUAAAAAAUGGUUUUAGAUCCUGAUUUCUGUAAAGCCCAGCUAACUGUAAUUUACCAUUGCUUUACAGAUACUUUCAUUUAUUUUGCACACAAUUGUGAGAGGUUUCAUCCAUUCUGCUGUGGGAGGUCUCUAUGCUGCUGUGUAAGUACACUCACUGUUACUCAUUUGUAAACAAUGCUGCUUAAAACUGUUCCAGGCCUUUUCACUAGUUUAAAGCUGCAUCCUAUGUUCAUAUAUACUGCUCACUGAUCCCUUGUUAAAGUAGACCUCCAGUUUGCUACUUCUAAGAUUCAUAUAGAAGCAUCACACAAGAUAUUGUCAUCCAUAGAAAGUUUUACAGGACUGCAGAAAGUCAGGCUUGCCAGGAACGUAUAACUCCUUUGUCAAUAUGGUAUCAAUUUACAAGGGCCAAUCAGCUAUCGUGUGCCAUUGUAAUAUGAUAUGAUAUAUUUUUCAAUGAUUGUGAGCACAGGUUAACUGUUUCUGCCAUCUGAUCUUUUUAAACAGUACUUAGAUAGCUUUUGAGUCUCUUUAAAAAGACAAUGAAUUAUAGGGUAUUUCACUGAGCAUCGAGAGAACAAUAGCAGUCAAAGCUCUGAAGUGCUUUAGGUAGCUCCCACUGCUAUAGGUAAGAAGCACUGAUAUGAUUACUCCAUUGGGAAAUAUAACAACUUUGUUUUCUUCUUUCAGAUAUCCCUCGUCACAUUUUGGCAGUUUGACUGGACUGCAGUCUCUUAUUAGCGCCUUGUUUGCACUUUUACAGCAGCCUCUCUUCUUGGCGAUGAUGGGACCUUUAGAAGGCGACCCACUCUGGGUAAGAAUAAUGUAAUCUGUUUUUGGAUGCAAGCGAAUGGUACUUUCAGUAUAUCAGAUUUUUAGCAACUAUCUUUUUGACUAGCUACUCAUUCUAUUGAACAAGGUUUUGUCUUUUAAAUAUAAAAUAAGAAAUCAAAUCCUUGAUAUACAUUUCUUAUUUAUAUUCCAUUGACUUAUUCCUUAUGCAUUUUAUUAUUAUAUAAUCAUUCUAAUCAUACCCAUUUUAUUGUUAUUUUUAUAGGUUAAUGUCGGACUUUUGGGAGUUAGUAUGUUCGGAUUCUGCCUUCCACUCUACCUCAUAUUUUUUAAGAGAAACCUGGAGCGUCAGAGGAAACAGAAAAUCGAGGACUCCAAAUUGUACAUGAAAAUCAAUGGCACACCUGAUCAUGAAGCCUUUGUGUAAAGAUGUUUAAAGGCUAGGCCUGAAUACCCCCUAUACUCCUUUCCAUAUGCUUUUUGGAAAGGAUUCACUCCAGCAUAACAAGUGACCACUCCAGAACAAACCUUAAGCUCCUUGAUGUUCCCAUCUGUGCACCAAACGUCUGUUGAGUGCCCUGUUUUAUAUCACUCUCCAAUGUUAUCAUCAAAACAGUUUUUAAGCAGGGCCUUCUUUUUAGCAAAAUACUUGAGAAACCCUGUUACAGAAAAGCCAAACAUUUGUCAAUUCUUUGGGAGAAGGAACCUUUUUUUUUAUUUUAAUUGUCAGGAUUAACAUCCUUUAGAUGUUGGUACCCAGUCCCAGUAUUGAAGGUUUAUUUGUGAUCUAAAGACCUGUAGUUACAGCAGUAACUCUUGGAGAUAUAGGUUGUACUGUAUUAUCUUGUGGCAAAGCUGGAGAUCUCACGUUACAGAGUUGUCUACAUUAUUUUAUUGUUAGGGUGCUCGACAAAGAAGCAGCAAGAACCAUGGUUCCGUUCAGUGAGACACUGUGACAGAUCAUCAUUACUGCUUGGCAUGGCUCUAUUCUUGGCUUUCCUACCAGAGGAGUUGAUCUUAAUUUCUCAGCUUCUCCUGGUAAGAAAGAAAUAGUUUUGAAAUGGCGAAGCUAGUUGUCAGUCUCAAACAGGAACACCAAAUCCAUGAGUUCUUUAAAGCACUCACAUAAAAAGACUCGUAGGUAAAAAUGUACUUGAAAAAUCUGUGCAAACAUGAUAUUUUUCCAGAUGGUGUGAAAAACAGUGGGUUCAGAAAGCUGAAUUACCGAAUAUCACUGAUUUUUACAAAAACAUACAUAAAGAAAUGUGGAGACAGAGUUCAAAAGGGAUACUACAAACCUCCAAUAGGCAUAAGAAGAGUACGCAAAAAGCUAAUGUGUUGCACAUUUCCUUGUUGUGCCAUAAAGUCUACAGACAAGUAGUUUAUAAUGAGAUUCUAAGCAAUACCUGUGUCUUUGGUGAAUAUUUUUUUAUGAAUACCUAUUAUCAGUAUGCUGUUUUAUGUCCUUUGCAUGAUAUUGUUAUGUAUAGAUAUGGAGGUAGAGAAACAUGUCAUUGCGAUAAUUUUGAUCUCCUGCACCUCCUUUUACCAUGUCUAUCUGUGUUUUCGUUCUAUGGCUUGAUGUUUUCCAUUUGUGUCUCUUGCUAAUUGUUCUUGUGUUUUUUAUUUUCUGUUUCCUAAACUAUUUCUUAAAUUCCAUUCAACCUCAUUAAUUUUUAGAUAUAGAUAGGUAUUAUUUUUUAAAUAUAUUUCUGAUGCCUCUGCACAUUAUCACUUAUAUAAGCUGAUACAUUUCGAGAUUAUUAACUCUUACCUCACUACAGUAACUCUUACCCUAUCUGGCAGCUCUCAAUGUUCCUGGUAGGACAUCCUGGUUAUACAGCCAUAUAAUAAUGUUAGACAUGAACUCAGUAGGGUGAGCAUGCAAGCACUCUUAUUAGUCCAUCGUCACCUUGCAAUGAGAGUAUUAAAAUGUGUAAUCCAUGAGAAUGCUGUAGUAAGCAAUCAAAAGAAGCAGAGUUUUUGUUCCAUCCUCUGAGAAACCAAAACAACCAACCCCUAUGAUGUUCUGCAGAACAUUUGCAAUUAAAUAAGAUAAUUUGCACAGUUUCAUAUAAAGGAUCCAUGGGAAAUGGACCUGUUCUAUUCACUGAAAUGAAAGCUUCCCAGAAGUACCAUCUGUAUGAUUGGACUAAGGGAUUUCAAUUCCAACCUUCGAAUUUCCAUUGAAGGUUUGUGUGAUCUAGUUAUAAGAGCAUGGGUGAUUCCAAAAUGAGACAUAGGCUCAUAAGAACAUGGGUGAUUAUAUUUCCAGCAUGCGAAUAUUUGCAUGAUUACCCACCUGUGAGGUUGUCCAGUCUCUGCCUUGGCAACAAUCUUGCACUCCUGAGAAGUGAGUUUAGGAAGCCUGUUCCACUCUAGCCAAUACAUAUAUCAUCUUCCAAUUUUGCCUUAAAGGUGCUGUUCUACCCACGCCAACUGUUUUUUUUUCUGCUGCUAUAGUAACAAAGCAUUUCAACCAGAGAGUGUUCUCUUGGUCACAUGACUGCUAGCAAGCAUCGUCUGGCUCAGGAUUAAAAAGAAUGGGACAAAAAUGUACAUCGUACAAUUAAAAAUAAAAUAAAAAAUGUUGUUUAGUAUUUGGGCAUUAUAAAGAAUGGAGAAGGUGACUAUUGCUUGAAUAAGUUAUAAAAAUGUUACACUCGAAAAUAGGCAGAACAGCACCUUCAAAAGCAAAUGUGUUUUAAGAGAAUGUUCUUCAAGGAUGAUUAGAAUCCAAAACAAGUAUUUUGCUAACACUCCUCUCUGAAAGUUAGGAAAUAAUUACACAAAAUGACAUCACAUUCUCCUACUAUCUCAUGUUUUUCAAUAUAACUGUUGACUUGAUAUUUGUAGAAUAGUGUUGAACGGUAAUAUGUUGUUGGAGUGGAAUUACAAGGUGUAACAAUUGUGCGUUCCUGACAUCACGGAGAAAAAGAUUUAAUGUGACAGCAGAUACGUUUAAAUUUAUAUUACACGUUAAGGGAAAAUAUAGCACAAAAGCAAUACAAAAAAUAUUGUUCAUUUUUCUCUAACAAUGAGAGAAGUGAUGAUGAUAUAAGAUCUGUUGUUGAAACCCAAGAGCCAGCACUAUGUAACCUUGGGGAAAUCACUAGCUCUCUCAGUGCCUGAGGCACAAAAAAGAUUGUAAGCUCUUCUGAGUAAGGAUUUAUUGUGCCUGUACAUUAUACAUAUAGUGCUUAUUGGUACUUCUAAAAAUAAAAUCUUUCUAAAUUACCAAACGAAUUAUGUGUGUAAGACAUUGUGUUAUUGUGUUAUUCUGUAAUUGUGCCUUACAUAUAUAAAAUCUGUUACUUGUUG